GACUAGAACUUUUUUUUUUUUUGGCGGUGCUGUACCUGGGGACAGCUUCAUAGGAUAAUACCACGUAGUAGAAACAAGAAUCAAUCAAGCAGUGAUGUCGGACUUGUCUGCACAACUCUCAGCAUUUAAAAAUAAGAUUAGAAGUGGUCCUUCUGUGGUGGUACCACGUCGAGUAGUACCUCCACCGAAGCCAGCACCUGCAGUUUCACCCGUGAAACUGACACAACUGGGAGUGGGUGGGAAACGAGGUGCUGGUUCUGGUUCUGGAGGUUCUGGAGGCGCUGGAAGUGGCGACUCUGUCACCGAUGCAUUCAAACGUCACAAGGCGGCCAAUGGACAAAUAUCGGGCUCACAUCUUUCCACUCAACUCCAUCUUGCAGUGGAGUAUGUCAAGCAACAUGAUUCACCAAUCCCGGUGAAGAAAUUACAAGAUUAUUUAUCAUUUGAUAUCAAUCAAACCCUUUUACCAUUAUUAAAAGAAAUUGAUCGAAUCAAAUAUAAUGAAACUGCACGGACGUUGGAGUAUGUGUCCUUACAUAACAUUCGAAGUUCAGCUGAUCUUUUAAGUUUCCUCCGAUCACAACCAACGUUCAAAGGGGUGGCAGUCAAGGAACUUCGAGAUGGAUGGUCUGGAUGUCUUGAGGCCAUUGAUGAAUUGGAGGAACAACACAAGAUCUUGGUGCUUAAGACCAAGAAGGAGAACACUCCUCGGUUGAUCUGGGCCAAUUUAGGAGGAGAAAUGGGACUUAUUGACCAAGAAUUCUGUAGUAUGUGGAGUGAUGUUCGUAUACCUGAUCAGGAUAAUCUUUAUCAAGCAUUGAUCGAUCAUAGUUUGAAGCCCACGGGGGCCGAUCCUAUGCUUCUUAAGAAGAAACAGCCACAACAGGAAAAGAAACAAAAGAAGGCCAGACGUGGGAAGGUUACAAAUACACAUAUGAAGGGAAUUUUAAAGGAUUACUCACAAAUGUCGUAGACAACAAAAAAAAAAGAAAAGAGAAUAGAGGAGAGAUACGGAGAGAUAGAGGAUCACUAGGUAGUCAUAAGACCUGGUAGACUACAACCAAUAAAAUAUGGUAUGGAAUUGAAUAGAACAACUGUACUACACAUAUCAAGGGGUAUGUGUUAGUCUCACGUUUACGCGCUCCGCGCGUAAUCUUCGGACCGUGCGAAUUUGAGAUUUC